AUGAGCCUUAAGGACUUAAAUUUAGUUACGCUUACAAAAUUAACUUCAGAAUACACCGACCAUUUAAAAUGUAUAGAAUGUUGUAAGUACUACAUAGCACCGGCUACUGCUGCCUGUGGGCACACAUUAUGUCAUACAUGCUGGCGGGGGCGACGUAUAUGUCCUCUAUGUGCUUGUUCCCUUGAUCGCAAAUCACUGAAACUUAAUUUACCUCUACAAAAUCUCACAAACCAUAUUCAAACACUUGGUGAAGCAUUCGAAAAACUCUUCAAAAUACAGUUAGAUGAAUUUAGUCUUGACACACCUGGAGAUAUUGAAUCAGAUAAGGAUCCUGUUAAAAAUGUUAAGGACUGGUUAACAAGUUCACAAAAUCACUUUUCGGCACCAAUCCAAAAUUCAGAAACUUUUUCACAAGAUUCCCAACAACCCCAGAAUCCAAUAGAAAUCUCAGCUAGCAAUGUUAUAAUCCACACAAAAGAAAAAAAAAGUUGA